CAUCACCCCAAUGAGUCAGCAGCACAUGUUCCUCAGGAAGAUCUCCCCUUUCAUAACGCCACGCGUUGUUUGCGCUUGUAUCCGCCAGUCGUACCCCCAAGGUGCUAUCCGUUCUUCUCAAAGAUAUACCUUGAGAUAUUCCUCCAAUUCCUCUUCUUCGCCUUCCUCGUCUUCAUCAUUUACGGUUAUUACAACAGAGGCUGAAAGACCUAUCGUCCUUAAGAGACCAAAACCUGACACAGCACGGAAAGCGGAUCUCUCACGUAAUAAGCCAAUUAAGAGUAGAGAUCAUAGCGGCAUUAAUAGGAACAACAAUGGUAAUAGCAAUAAUAAAAUCGCCCCGCAAGAAGUAAGAGGGGGAGCAGAGCAGGGUACCCAAUUGGAUUCAGCAUUAGGAUCAAAAACAGCCUCCCGCAAGUGGACACCGGAGGACGAUGCUGAGAUCAUUCGUCUUGUCCGACAAGGCAUGCAGUGGUCAGAGAUUGAUACUGCUUUGAAUCGACCCCAUUCCCAGUGUUACGAACGAUACUUCACAGCCUUGGAUCCCAACAUCCAGUCUUGGUAUCUACCAGAUGGUCGACUUAAUCAGGAAAUGAUACGCCGCUUGGUCUAUUUGGUCGAUGUCGAAGGCCAUUCUUUCAAGGCCAUUGUAAAAUUAGAGUUGAUGAAAGAGCCUUGGGAAAUACCCACAAAACAUGCACCUCAAGAAUUACUAGAAACACUAAAAACAGGAGCAACAUCAGUGCCUAGCAGUAGUAUCAGUAGCAGUGCUUCCAAGCCGUCCGAGGCGCCAACAAGGCCAGGAGCAGCGUCGUCCAACCAAAACAAAGGGCAAAUAGGAAAGCGAUCCAAAAGAUUUCGACCCGUCAAUCGACUUUUCCUUCAGAAGAAAUAUCUGGCUUAUAAAUCCAACCUGACUGCGAACGCUAUCCGCACAAACCGAGAGAUUAUGGAGCGAGCUAUCCAACGGAGCGUCGAGUUAUAUGGAGAGAACUGGAAAAAAGUUGCAUCGUAUGCAGAUGAACUGCUCGAUCAAUGGACGCCAUCCAAAGCAGCUACUCCGAUAAAACUGUCACCCAUCGCCACUACUGGAGAGGAUUCAGCUCUUCCAAAGGCAAAGAUCUUACAAGAUAGGAAGGAUACAGAUUUGAUCCAGGAGAGAGAGCCUUUGACUCCAAACAAAGCUGCUAGUAUUUACAGGGCACUUCAACGAAAAGGGGUCGACUGGGGACUGGAGGAUGAUGUUAUUAUGGCCCGCAAAGUCCUGGAAUUUAGUCGCUCACAACCGGACAUUCUAGACGUUUUGGAAAAGCCUCUGCCGGAAGACCAGGGUCAUCCAGCAGCUGAGCCACUAGAGGAGCAGGAGAAGUUGCAGUACAAAUACUGGACUGAAUUAUCUACUGCAGUGGGCACUCACACAGUCGAGCAGUGCAAGCGUCGAUGGGAUGGAUUGUGGGCAUUACAGGAUAAUGAGAAGUCUGCAAAGAGCAAGGCAUUUCAUCGGACCGAACGGCUUUAUUUCUGGAUGCUGUGGGCUCACUUUUAUCAACAUCAACCGCUGCGCAAAACAGUUGACAUAAACCAUAAUGAAAGCGAUAGCAGCAAUGACAAAAGCUAUGAUGCUGGACUCAAGAACCACAGCAAGAUCAAUGAUCGUGUUCUGGUCACGAAAGAUUCAAACCAACACAUUGAUUUAGAGCAAACUCUCAAGGAGGUAUCAUUCGCUAAGGAUAUCUCGAGGUGGAUGCGCCAUCGCUCUGAGGCACAAUGUGAUUUGUUUUUCAGAACUAGCGUCAUGUCUGCAUUUGCACGGCUUGGCAUCAUAUCGGCUCCAGAUCAAGGAAAACAAGGACAAAAACAAGAAGAUGAGGAUGGGUCAUCAGAGCAUACCAAGGCAAUUGUGGCGCAAAAGAACAUCGAUAUGCCUCAGGGUCUGAGACUCAUUCUCCAUGAGAUUGCAGAGCCUAUGAUUACAAAGUUGACAACCGUUUUACCUCAAGAUGGUACAACUUACCAACCAUGGGUCCUACGCCCCGAAUGGACACGAGAAAAGAUCCAAGCGUUACAGGAGCUUGUCCAUCAAGCUAAGCAAGGAGUAAAGCGCUCAGAUUUCGAAUUGGAUUGGAACAAAAUCGCUGGGAAGUUGAGCGAAAGGUUUGGUAUCGACAUCAACAGCAGAAACAACGGGAAUGUCAGUGGCGGCCUUCCCAGUUUUUCAGCAAAGCAAUGUCAAGAUUGCUGGGAAUGCAUUGCCACAACACGAUAUAGACCUACUGAAUCCAAAGUACUCCCAUCAUCAUCAGCAGAACCUAACACGGAGCAUGAUGGCCAUGAUGGUCUAACCCAAGAUCGUCUGCUGCAUUGGUCUGAUCGGGACCUUCAGCUUUUGCAACAAGGUGUUCGAAAGUAUGGUACAUUCUGGGCAGAUAUCCGGGCUCAAUUUUUGCCUAACAAAGACCUAUCGGAUCUAUAUCAAACCUGGCAAGUCAUUUCUGCGCCUUCAGAAGAGGAAGACCUUUCAAAUAUAGCAAACCAAUCAGAAAAGUUUAAGCUACAUGUCGGUCGUGUGAAUCGGCUGUUAGAUCCAGAUUACCAAGGUCUCUUAGGCGCUUUGGAUAAAGUCAAUGGGAGCGGAAGUAAAAACAAUGAUAAAAGGAAAAGCAAAAGCAACGGCAGGAACAGUCAAGGAGCGUCAGAUGAAAGCGAAGACAGGAAGUGAAGUUGAUUAGAGAAGUAGA